ACAGUAACAGAGAACCGCUGUCUAUUAUUUCGCAUCUUCACCCAUAUAAAAUCGAGUCCUCUGCUGCCCCUAAAACUUCCAGAAUAUCAAGCUCCGAGUCAUGGCCAACGAGUUAGAUGGGUUCAAUUUCGAGCAGAGACAUGGAAAAGCUAGAGUUAGAGUUGCAAGAGUUUGGAGGAACAAAUCAGAUCAUAUUCAUUCCAUGGUGGAAUGGUGUGUUAGCAUCAGCCUGUUAUCUGAUUGUGUCAACUCCUAUGUUCGUGAUGAUAACUCUGAUAUCGUUGCCACUGAUACCAUGAAAAACACUGUAUAUGUGAAAGCAAAGGAAUGUUCAGAGCAGCUUUCGGCAGAGAACUUUGCGAUUCUGCUUGCUAGGCACUUCACAUCAUUUUACAAGCAGGUAACUACUGCUAUUGUAAAGAUAGUGGAGAAGCCGUGGGAGCGUGUGCACAUAAAUGGGCAGCCACACGAACAUGGUUUCAAACUUGGAUCUGAGAAGCAUACAGCUGAGGUAACAGUGCAGAAGUCUGGUGUUCUAAAGCUGACUUCUGGUAUAGAAGGAUUGUCUGUGCUGAAGACAACCAAGUCUGGUUUUGAAGGGUUUAUUAGGGAUCAGUAUACAGCUCUGCCCGAAACUCGAGAGAGGAUGCUGGCAACAGAAGUCACUGCAUUGUGGAGGUAUUCCUAUGAAUCUGCAUCUAGCAUCCCCAAGAACCCACUUUACUUUACAGAGAGAUAUUUGGAUGUGAAAAAAUCUUUGGCCAACACUUUCUUUGGUCCUCCUAAGGAAGGCGUAUACAGUGCAUCUGUUCAAAGCACUCUUUUUCAAAUGGCAAAGGCUGUACUCAACAGAUUUCCUGACAUAUCAUUCAUCCAACUAAAAAUGCCAAAUAUCCAUUUCCUACCGGUUAACAUAUCAAGCAAGGACAACACCAUUGUAAAGUUCAAUGAUGAUGUUUUUCUACCGACCGACGAGCCACAUGGUUCAAUAGAAGCAAGCUUGAGCCGCUUCUGGUCAAAGAUGUAGAAGCUUUUCUACAAAUGUACUGAUACCCUGGCCAUCGUGUUUCUGCCCACAUCAAAUGCUAUUCAGUUUCUGUAUUUCCAAAAUAAUGUGCAUAACCUGAACCAAAAAAAGAGAGAAUAAACAGUGGGAACUAAAAUCCAUUUUAAGACACGUGACAUGUAAUGCAAUUUACCUUUAAUGAUAAUGUUAAUAUCUUGUGCUA